AUGGCUUCCUUGUCUUUGGAGUCCACAGAACAAUCUGAGAACAGCACAGGGGAGCCAGCGGGAUCGGAGACCAAAGAAGAGAAAGAUCCGCUCCAAAUUUCGGAACAACUGCUCCAAAGUUUCCAAAAGUCGGCGCUGAGUUUUUCCACUGACCAGGUCUCAUGUCUGUGCGAGGCCCUUCUGCAGGCGGGCAAUGUGGAUCGCCUGUGGAGAUUUCUCUCCACUAUACCUCCUUCGUCCGAGCUGCUACGUGGCAACGAGACCCUGCUAAAGGCCCAGGCACUGGUGGCUUUCCACCGGGAGGAAUUCAAGGAGCUGUACGCCAUCCUGGAAAGCCACAACUUCCACCCGUCUAACCACGGGUUCCUGCAGGACCUGUACCUCAAAGCCCGCUACAAGGAGGCGGAGAGGUCCCGGGGCCGUAGCCUGGGCGCAGUGGACAAGUACCGGCUCAGAAAGAAGUUCCCCCUACCCAAAACCAUCUGGGACGGAGAGGAGACCGUGUACUGCUUCAAAGAGAAGUCCCGCAAUGCCCUGAAAGAGUGCUACAAGAGCAACAGGUAUCCCACUCCGGACGAGAAGAAAAAUCUGGCCAAAGUCACCGGGCUAUCCCUCACGCAGGUCAGCAACUGGUUCAAGAACCGCAGGCAGAGGGACAGGACCCCGUCCGGGACCCACAGCAAAAGUGAGUCCGAUGGGAACCACAGCACUGAGGACGAGGCGAGUGCGAUGGACGACACUCCCGACAAACCAGACGAGGCUGCCGGCUCCACAGCUUCCAUCAUCUCUGUCUCUGCGGUCCCGUCCAGCACCGGAGGCCAGCUCAUCCUCAACGGGUCCAGCGGCUUCCUCACCGCCUCUCUGCUCAAUGGCAACUCCCUGAUCUCCAGCAGUGGUGCUGGUGUUAUAAUUAAUGGGAUAAAUUUAGGUGAUUGCCAGACCGUCACACUGAGUCCUGUUGGAACCAGCUCUCCUUUAAUACUGAACGGGGCUCAAGUAAUAACCAAAUCUGGGGUUGGUGUGCAGCAGCCACAGCAAGCUGUUACUGGGGUGGAGCAGGAAGUUUCAGAGAUGGAGGCCAAGCCGAGCGGCGUUCCAGCAGUUGUUCUUAACACUAACGCCACGCCUGUCUCGAACCCCAUCAUUUCUCUUCCCCUGCAAACCAAGACCGAGAGUGACAGUGCAAUGGGCUUCAUCAGUGUUUCAGAAUCAGAGGGCAGCAGCCAGACGGUAUCAUCCUCUUCUUCCUCUUCCUCACCAACCAGCCUCUCUUCACUAGUUUUAACACAAAACCACCAACGCCAGGACUCCCUCCCCCUCCCAGCGUCUCUGUCAUCUGCAGGCAUGCUUAUCUCCAGUUCUGCAGGGGAGCAAGGGGAGUAUAGCGUCUCUGCUACUGCUCCCUCUACCAGCCUCAACCCUCCUAGCUCUGUGAUUUCCUCCAGCAACUCCACCCCUCAGGUUUUCUCUCUGCCCCAGGUUGUGCCUUCCAUCCAGGGUAUACCAGUAUCUCACCUGGUUCAGCACUCUUCAGGAGCCCAGGUAUCCCAGUGCCCUCAGCUGGUCCCAGUAUCCCCCCUCACCUCACCAGCGCCUCAAUUUCAAAGCCCCCAGACUCUGAACACAGGAAACAGACUGGCACAGCAGCAACAGGAAGCCUCGGCAGCUAUGUCUGAAGGUGCCACAACCAUAGUUUCCAUCUCACCGCUCAACAACAGCCAGCUCCCCCAGCACGUGAUGCAACAACUGGGGGAGCAGACCACAAACUGUACACCCAGCAAAAUCCAGACACCGCAGGUUAUUUCUAUCUCUUCCCCUACACAAGUCGUCCCAGUCCCCCAGGCCAAAGGUGGCACACCGGCACAGCUCGUCCCGCUCUCUGUGCCCCAGCUAGUACCAGUCUCCUCCAUCCAAACUUCCUCCACCAUCUCUUUCCCACAGGUGGUACCUGCCAGUCCUUCUAUCUCCAUCCCUUCUGCCCGUCUGCCAUUACAGAUCCUCACUUCAGCUCCUGCAGCUGGAGGGGUCCCACAGGCUCCUCUCAGGUUAAACCAGCUGAGGCCCAUUCAGAGCGUAGCUCCUCCAGCCAGCACGGCCCCUACGGUGCAGCUCCUAAACUCCGGCAUCAUUCAGCUACCCUCUACCCCUCCAGGUAACCUUCUCCUCAGUGGAAGCCCCUACCUGAGUGUCCAGCAAGGCAAGCUGAUUCUGACCAUCCCAGCAGGCAUUCAGCUCACCAGUUUGCCCCUAAAACCAGUCCCCGACGCUUCCACCAUCUCUACAAACGGAGUGAUCCCCAUUCUCAACCCUUCAACCUUUCCCGUAGCCUCACAGCCUUCAACACCAACGCCCAGCAGCCUCGCCGCAUCAUCUCCCCUGAACUUCAUCAGCUCAUCUCCACCAUACUGUGCUCAAGAGACUCCCAUCCAAACCAGCCAAGUGCACGCCAUCCCCUCCCCUCACCCGCUGGACCCAACGGCCACCCCGACAACACAGAAUGCUCUGACUCCAGAAAGCAUGCUCACCCUCAGCCCCAUGUACACUGGAGUGACGCCAAAUAGCCAAAUGCCCCAGCCAGUGUGGAGCCCAGUACCCCUCUCCACUUCAGCCAGUUUAACUCUGUUUGACGUCCGCACCAAGGGGGACCUACCUGUGGACCCAGCCUUGUUGGGUCUACCUGGUGGGGAGUCGCUGCUCCUGGGCAGCCCCUCUCCAGAGCAGGAUGUGGAAGCCAGCUCGCCACUGGGGAAUCCAGAGGAGAUCGAUGGAGAAUCAAAAAUCCUUACUCAGCUUCAGUCUGUCCCUGUGGAUGACGAGCUGGGCUUAUAGUUUAUAAAACUGGUUCAACACCACAGAUGUUUGUCUUGUUUGGAUGACUUGAAAGAUUUUUAUCCCACAUCAUGCAUCAUAUAAGAUCACCAUAUUUUUUUAUAACCUACAGCAGCAAUUCUCACUCAGUAGACCAGGUGCCAUUGUGGUGCUAGCUGGAAAUUUUUCAGCUCUUUAUUAUGAAUGGGAUUAUUCACCUGCUGGUUCAACAUCAGAUUACUCCUCUCAGUUUGGAUUAAGAUUUUUUUUAUUUUAUUUUAUUUUUUACUAAAAUCAG